AUGGAUCAGUGGUGUCAUUCCCUGUCAUAUGACGUCAUUCGGCAAUGGCUGCGGAUGAGCAGCAGCUAUAACGUGUCGGUGAGCAAGUAUCACAGGGCGCUGAAGUGUCGAGAGGGGAGAAUGGGCCAUACAGCAGCAGAGGGAGCAACUGCGGGAGGGGCAACUCAGGACAGCGGAUCGAAGGAAACAGGGAAAAUCAUGGGGCAGACCGCGGCGAAAACCACCACGUACAGCCUCUUUGACAUGAACGUGCUAACCCUGUACGACGAGUUGCUGGACGUGUUCCACUACAACCACUUCGUAAUAAAAAAUUGUAAAUUCACCUUUUUGAAGAUCAGCAAGAAUACCUACCAAGGGUGCGUGUUCGUGUGGUUCUUGCGGAGUGAGGCUCAAAUGACUGCACCGAUGAAUUUGAGCGAAAAUAAAGGAAUCGAAAGGGAAGAAUUGAAUCGAUUCGUAAAGAAUCGAGGAGAAGGUGCCACUGAUAAAGGAGAUGCCACUAAGAAGGGAAGAAAUGACACUGGGGAACGCAAAAAUGACACCGGGAAAGGCAGCACCAUACAGAGCUUGAAGGUGAAAGGAAACAGAGUGUCUAAUGUGAAAGAGGUUCUCAAGGAUACAUUUGACGCCCUCAUCUUUUUCAUGAUUCACAGAUAUAACAUCAAACUGAGAAUAAAUCACUCCUACCGAGUCAAGGACACAUGUAGCUAUAUAAUUACAAAUGAAGAGGUAUACAAGUUUCUGAAGAAUGACAACUAUUUUAGAAUCGAUCUGAACAAACUACAUUACGACAUUAGGGACUACUCCUAUGUCUUCCGAAUGAACAUAACUCAGUUUGUCGAUUUUUUUAAGCACAUAAGGCAUAUCCACUCGUGUGCCUACUUGAUAUCUCUUCUCAUUAGGAUCAUCGCAGAUAGGAAUAAAAUUCAUAAAUACACAUCGCAGCUUUUUUUCUGCAAACGAAAUGAUGAGUGCAUAUGUAACUUGUACCUCAGUUUUGUGAAACAGGACCAGAAGAGCUUUCAUAAGAUCUUCUUUAACAGCAAGCUGGUAAGUAUGGAGAAUAUCAUUCCUUCUAAGGUCUCCCUAAUCGAGGAGAUGAAGAAGAAGAUGAUAAAAAUGCGCGAUUUGGCUUACCCGGACGAGCUUCUCAUAUGCUCCUUCGUCAAGUCAUUCUAUACGUUCAAGUUGGGGGUGGGAGCGCUGGACGAGGCGGACGAGGUGAGCCAGGCGAAUAAGUUGAAUAAGGCGAAUAAGCCAAACGAGACGAACUCAACAAGCGAUACCGUGGAUUCUGUCGAUUCGGUCGACAGCAACGACACGAUCGAAAGAGGUAGCACGAGCGAGACGAGCCACACCAUCAGCAGUAGUCAGAUCGACCGCAUGACUGAUCAUACCGACCGGACCUCUCAAACGAACAGCCUGCACGACGUCAGCGUCACCCUGAAGGUCCCGCCCUUCACGAGGAAAUCUCCACCAAGCCUACACACGGUAAGCGAAGGGGACCUCACACACAUUCACAUACUCAUAAGCGACAGCACAACGAGUGACCAAGAAAACAGUCAAAAAGGGGGAUCACCAAGACGUCUUUGUAGAGGAAUCCCCAUAGGAGGAGAAGAAAACUAUUUAAGUUCUUCUACGGGGAGCUGCACAGAAAAUGAAAUCGUAGAAAACGUCUCCAACUCGAUUCAUCACAACAAGGGGGGCAACAUAAAAAUGACAUCUAGAUACAGUGAUAGGGUGGCACACAUGGAUAACCAGAAUAGUGCCACUGAUCGGAGGAGUUACUUGCAUGGUCACAGUAGAAAGGCCAGGAGGCAUAACGUGAGCAACAGGGAAAGUUGCUCCUUCUUUAAGGUGCACAGUGAUGCGAGUGAAUUCAGUUAUAGCAACAGGAGCGAUGUUCCUUUUCUGGAAACCUUGAAGGGGGUGCCACAGUCGCAGUCACGUGGGCAGCCUCAAUCGCCUGGGCAGUCUCAGUCCUCUGGGCAGCCUCAAUCGCCUGGGCAGCCUCAAUCGCCUGGGCAGUCUCAGUCCUCUGGGCAGCCUCAAUCGCCUGGGCAGUCUCAGUCCUCUGGGCAGCCUCAAUCGUGUGGACAGUCUCAAUCGUGUGGACAGUCUCACUCGUGUGGAGAGUCGCAAUCGUGUGGACAGUCUCAAUCCUGUGGACAGUCUCAAUCGUGUGGACAGUCGCAAUCGCGUGGGCAGCUUCAAUGCAUAUCGCAGCAGUUGUCCAAGUCUCUGUCCAAGUCUCUAUUCAAAUCUCUUUCCAAGUCUCUGUCAAAGUCUCUCUCCCAGUCGCUGUCCCAGUCGAAAAUGAACCGAGCCGUGAACAACUUCCUGACGGCAAGGAAUGAACAACACUUUGGUAAGAGCAGGCGGACGAUCGAGGAAUCCAUUUUUGGGGUUCAGAAGAGGCAGCGAGUGGCCCCCCAAUAUGCUGCCGCAGACAGGAGCCACUGUUCUCUAGAUGAAAAGAAAAUCAUCGUGAUUGACCUAGAUGAGAUCACGUCCGAGGAGAGCUCGAACGAGGUGAUCAUGGAGGGGGAACAGCUCGUCGGGGGGCAAUUACCAGGGGGGCACUGCACCAACAAGCAGUCCACAAACGGACAGCCCACUAAUGAGCAGUCCACUAAUGAGCAGCGCAAGGGGGUAGACGACGGUGCGUCGACCACCCACACAGGAAUCCACCAGGGGAAGGGGCAACAAAUUGAAAAGGGAAUGGCGCCCAAAAGGAAGAACCAUGAAGAGGGAGUGACCCCCCAUUACGGCGCUAUGAAGAGGAGGAAGACAAAUGGGGUGUUCGUCCAGGAGGGCAAAGCGAGUGCAGAUGUAAGCGGCAGCACAGGAACUAGCAGCGGGGGGAGCGGUUCUGAUCAGGGUCCUGGUCAGGGUUCUCGUGGGAGUAUCCGUGACGGGAGCGACGCCACGGCCGCCUCUUCCAAGGACGUCAGUUGGCAGAAAAAGUUGCACGAAACGAUAAAGAACCUGUCCGAAUAUAUCCUCAGAAAGCCAAGCGUCAAACAGGAGCCAUACGAGGCAGACAACAAUAGGAGCAUGGGCAGGUGGACUAACAGGCGCUCUGAAGAAGAUGAGCCGACUGGACAGGACAUCGGGAGUGUUGGCGGAGAAGAUGGAGAACGAAGCGGGGACGACACGCGCGGUGAAGAUAUACGCGGUGAAGAUAUACGCGGUGAAGAUAUACGUGGUCAAGAUGGUCACGAGGACGACCCGAGCAGUCAAGAUAUACGCGGUAAAGAGAUAUGCGGUGAAGAUGGCCGCGAGAAGGACGUAAAAUGCGGCGGCGACAAAAACGAAGAGAAGCAAAAAGCGACCACCAAGUGUUACCUGUCGCUCCGCCCCCCAGCGGGGAAGAACAGAGUCUGUGAGUUCUGCACAGACGAAAGUGGCACUGAUGAGAAAGGGGGAUACGUUGAGGUGGGAAAACGGGGGCACAAGGUGGACACGGCGAUUGGAAGUGGCACGAAUGGAGGUGACACGAAUGGAGGUGACACGAAUGGAGGUGACACGAAUGGAGGUGACACGAAUAGAGGUGGCACGAAUGGAGGUGGCACGAAUGGAGGUGGCGUGAUUGGAAACACCUCGUCCAACGUGCAGGGGAAAGGUUCCCCCGGGGGAGGCCCUGCGCGACGGGCACCCCUUACACAAAGUAAGCCCAAGCGGAAUGUAGCGAGUGGAGGAGACUGUCCCAUCGAUGAGCCAGAAGAAACGCAAGGACGUCCCACCAAACCCUACGAAGAUAGAUACAUGAGCGGAAGAGACAACUCCAUGAGAGACAACCAAGAUGAUGAAAUUUUCACUGAAAAUGAAUUCCACACAGAAACGGAAAAAAAAGAAAUACAUAACAUCCACAUCAUAAAAAAAAUGAAGGAAAACUUCUGCUACUUAAAUAAGAACGACAAACUAAAUAUGCUUAAGACCCUUUGUAGUUACAGAACCUGUUUGAGGAAGAUUUUGCACUACGAGUCUAUGAAGCAGGAUUACUCGUUUGAGGUGGAGACCUGUGUGUUUUACCUAGAAAACAUAAGUUGCAGCGGGGUGGGAGGAAUGGGAAGCGCGAGUGUUCACGAGAAUAUUCACGGGGGUGCUCGCAGCAGAAGAGACAUACGCCGCAUUGACCGCGGAAUAGGCUAUACGAAGGAGACCUUACAGGGGCAGGACAAGAGGCAUCCCCCUUCACAAGUGAACCAUGAAGAAAGCAGCCCCCCCUAUCCUAUCUUCAGCACAGAGGAGCAAAACGGAAAGAAAGAAAAACUCAUGGAAAAAAUAAAUUACUAUGAAAAUAAAAUCGGAGCAUUAAAUCAGAUUAUCUGCACUUAUACGCACAUAAAUUCGGGGUACAUCGAUCAAAUAAAGAGCUACCUGGCCCUGACUGAGUGUAUUAAAAACUCCCAUUGCAACUUUUAUUAUGAUGAGUUCACUUCGGAGAACGAUCAGGCGGAGAUUCCCCUGGGGGAGGCCUCGCCAUCGAGUGCUGUAGUCAGCGGUGGGGUUAGCGGUACGGUUAGGGGCCAGCUUAGCGGUGCGAUCAGGGGUCCCAUUAGCGGUGAGGUAUGGAGCGGCGGGGUGGACUACUUAUACCAGGACGUGAUGAAUCAGAUGUACGGCGAUCUGAUUAACCAGAUGCAUAGAGCCGCCGCGAACCCAAUGCACAGUGUUACUGCUAGGCAAAGCGAAGAACCGGAGCAGACGAGGAAUCUCCCCGAAGAUACGCAGACGCUACCCGCGAAGCGCUUCUCUCACCAAGGGGGGCAGAACGGAAGGGAAAAAUUCCAGAAAAAGAAAAAUGGAGACGGACUUACCAGUUGUAGGUUCGAACCCAUGAUUCCAGGGAAAGGAACACCAAGUGAUCGCUACAACAAUUUGGAAAGACAAAAGAGAUGCAAGAGUAUCAUUAGAAGUCCUUUCUCUACUUAUGUACGGGAGGUUAACAGGCAAGACAAAAAUGAGAACGUUAUCCAUGAGAGCAACUUGGGGCUGCUUCAAGAAGAAGGUAAGGACAAUGGAAGGAGAGUCCGGCACGUUAAUUUCCAUUCCUACGAUAUUAACAAGAGUACGCUACCCUGGGAGAGUAACUGGAAGGAGGGAACCCUCGAGGGGGAAUACCCUGUGAACACAACUCUCCCCCCGAGUGGGUACCACCUACCCAAUGCCAGAUGGGACCACCGGACGAUGACGGGGGGUACGUCUUUUAACAGACCCGCUCAGAUGAAUCGAUACCCAUUUUACGACUAG